AUGGAUUGCUGGUAUGCACAGAUUUCUUUACUCCUCUUCUCUCUGUGAACUAGUAUACCAUUGUAAAAAUUUUCUAUUUUUGCAAAUCUACAUCUGUGAGUAUAAAACAAUUUUUUAAAAUAUAAAUUUUAAUAAAAAAAUUUUGAUAAUUAGCAUAAUAAAAUCUCUAACUAAUUUUAUUGAAAUUUAAAUAGUUUGCAUUCUAAAAGCAUAUCUAAAUUAAUUUACCUUUCCAUUUUUGCAAAUUGGUAGUUUUUUUAUUUCAAUAAAAAAAAAUUUAACUACCAUGAGCAACAAAAUUUUGUUCACUCAGGGAGGAAAGUUAGAGGAAUUAAAAAAGAUCGCUAUUUCUGGAAAUUUGAGGAACAGAAUAGUAACCUGAAGAGUCUUACUUGGAUUACUGUCUGGAACUAUUGAUGAAUGAGUUACACAAUCAUGAAAAAUGAGAGAAGAAUAUUACAAAUUAAAAACAGAGCUGAGUCCUUCAGUUCUGCAGAGCGGCGAAGAUUUAAAUUUGCAUAAUCCUUUGUCGACUUAUCAUAAAGUAAAGGCUAGCUCUCCUUAUUGUAAGCGAACAAAAAAUUUUGUUCGCUCAUGGAGGGGUUAUUUUUUUUAAGCUUAAUCUAUAAAUUUUAUAAAAUAAAUUUGAUUUGUCAAAUUCCUUUUAUAAUAUGUAAUUUGUUAAAAAAUUAAUUUAAAUAAUUAUCACUUAUAUAUUCAACUUAAUAAAUUCUUUGUAUGCUUACUCAUAAGUUAGGUUUUUGACCAAAAAAUAGGGAUUUUGCAAUGAUUAAAUUCGCUCACUGAGGGAGGAGUAAGUAGAAUCCAUGAAUGUGCCAUUUCAAGAAUAGUGAUAUAAGAAACAAAAUAAAGCUGGAUGUCGACAGAACAAUGCCUGAAAAUGAAAUUUUCAGGAGGGAUCAUGUUAAAAGAAUAUUAGAAGAUAUAUUAUUUGUGUGAAGCUCGCUACAUGAAAUUGGCUACCAGCAAGGCUAUAAUGAAAUUAUUGCUGUUAUUUUGAUGGUUGGGCUGGAAGAAGAAGAAACUAUUGAUGGGCUGAGCAGCUGGGAACAUCUUGAAGCAGACACCUAUUGAAUUUUUGAUAAAAUUAUGAGCCUAGGGGUUGGCCAGCUUUAUAAGACUGUUGAAGAGCCCAUUUUAGAAAACUCAUUAAAUGAUAUUCCCAGGCUAGAUAAAUCUAAAUUUGAAGAUGUCCCAGAACUGAUAAGAAAAAGUCACUAUAUAUUUCACAGAAUUCUACAGAAAAUAGAACCGAAAUUGCAUUCCCAUAUAUUGAAUCACGAAUUUGAGCCACAAAUAAUUCUAGUAAGAUGGCUUAGAUGCCUAUUUAGCAGAGAAUUUUCCAUUUUUGAUACAGUAAUGAUAUGGGAUGCUAUUUUUGGAAUCCAUAAUAUUGAUAUGCCUGAUCUUGAGCUUGUUAAUUAUAUAUGUGCAGUCAUGCUUGAUGUUGAAAGUGAAAAUCGUAAUUUUUAUUUAGUUUUAAAGGUCUCUGAUGUAGAAUUGUUAAAAGCUCUUACUUGCGAUUUUAAAAUCGAAAAUUCUCGUGACGUCAUAGAAUCAGCUUGCAUUAUAUAUAACUCAAAGCCAAGAAAUAAGAGCCUUUCUCCAGUCAAAUUCCAUGAGGAAGAUCAAAAUUCGUCUACUUUUUCAUUUAAGAAUUUUUUUGGGUCUAUUUUACCAAAUUUCUCAUUUGUAUGUAAUGAAGAACAGGAAGAUUUCACAACUUAUAUAACUAUGAAAACAAUGAAAAGCCAAAAUUUGAUCACUGAAUUUUCUCCUUACUCUUCUGAUUGGAAUUAAAAAUAACCAAAAAAUUAAAUAAAUAUAAUUUCACAAAAAAGGGGGAAAAAUGAAUAGGAGAUUUAA